CCUGGUUUCGCCCAGCGAUAUUGGGACAUGUUUUGAUUUUUGAAGGAGGGGGAACAUCUUACAUCUAUUUAUUAUUUUAUAGUACUUUUUUUAAAAAGAAAAAAUGAAACAAAACAAUUUUUUUCAUCUCAAUUAUCAUUUCACUAACCAAAACGAACAAAAAAUUUUGAAACUACAUGUAUUAUGCAAUCGAAUUUUCAAUUUUCAAUUGAUUUUAUAAAUAUCAUCUCCAAAACAAAAGGAUAUUAUGUGUACACAGUAGAAAUUUCUCCUUCGCAUGUCACUUGCAGCGGAGUAAUUUAGAAGGUGAAUCAGAGAAGAACAAUUAGGAAAAGCAGAAAUUAGAGAAGAAAAAAAUGAGAAAGGAUAAAGGAGUUGCAGCAAGUCCCAGCAAUGAAGAAGAAGAACAACAUGCAGAGGGAGAAUAUUAUGACCAUCAGAACAAAAUCGCCAUCCCAUUCUCCACUCGCAAUGCUUCUUCCAAAUAUGAUUUUGUUAAGGUGAAGGUGUGGUUGGGUGAUAAUGCCGAUCAUUAUUACGUGCUCUCCCGAUUUUUGCUUAGCAGAAUGUUGACUGUUACCAAGAUUCCAAAUCACGUAGCUAUUAAGAUUGCUCUUGAGCUGAAAAAGCUGCUUAUAGAUAACAGCCUUCUGGACGUCUCGCAAUCUGACCUUGAAGCGAACUUAUUCAAGCUCAUGGAGAGACGAGGCUAUGGGGAAGAAUAUAUAAAUAGAUAUAAAAUGAUGACAAGAUUUCACCAUCAAAGAGUACCACUAGUUAUUCUUGUAUGUGGUACUGCAUGUGUUGGAAAGUCCACUAUUGCUACUCAACUUGCACAAAGGCUAAACCUGCCAAAUGUUUUGCAGACAGAUAUGGUGUAUGAAUUGCUGCGCACUGCAACAGAAUUAUUGACAUGCCUGCUACUCCGUAACAGUGCACCAUUAACAUCUUCUCCUGUUUGGGCACGAGAUUUCAGCUCCUCCGAGGAGCUAAUAACUGAAUUUUGUAGAGAAUGUCGGAUUGUCCGUAAAGGUUUGGCUGGUGAUUUGAAGAAAGCAAUGAAGGAUGGAAAACCAAUUAUUAUUGAGGACAAGUUAAUGGAAUUUGCAUCAGCCUCUGGCAUACAUUUGGAUCCUAGUAUUUAUUUAAUGGAUGAAGAAAAUAAAUCUUCAACCACCACACAAGCAAAAGAAGAAGAGAAAAGCCCGGGAAAAAAGAUAAAUGGGAGCUCUGUUGAGAAUGAUCGUCCUCCCCCAUGUGCUACUAAUCAAGAUAGUGAAAGUUCUUGUCCUCAGAUUGCUAGCUCAGGGGAAACACUAUCUGGUGUGGACUUUGUUUCGUCUGAUCUGAAAUCUAUGGAGUUUGGUGACAGGAAACCUGAAUGUAAAGGUGAAAUGGCAAAGGAUGCUGCCCCAACUAAACCCCUAAUCAUAAAUAAAGCAAAGUCUGGUCCUGAACCCAUUAUCAUUCCUAUAAUCCUAAAGAUGGCUGAAUUCGAUCAUAAGGCUUUGUUAGAGGAGUGGUUAUCUACUCGUAGCAGUGAAAAGUAUCCGAUACAGGACAAGGAUAAAUUAAUCAGCAACUUGAAGACAAUCCAGGACUAUCUCUGUUCAUUUAAAUCACAGGGUUAUACAGUUGUCAACUUAUCAGCUACAGCUUUCCCGCAAACCUUGGAUUGGCUGCACAAUUAUCUUCUUCAGUGCAUCGAGCAGGGAACAUCAUCUGUCUCCCCAUCAAGUAGUGAUCAGAAAUUUAAUGUCUCGAAAUGACAUCAUAGCUCAGGUGGAUUUUAAGGAUCUGAAGGAGUCUCAUGUGUACGACUGGAUAAGUUAAAUUGCGGUACAACUCUAGGAGAGUCAUAAAAGAAAUGAACUCAAAGAACGAGUUGUCAAAGUCACGGGACUCUGUUGAUGAAGAAUAAUAAAGUUCUUGUCUGAUGGGAUUUGGCCUUUGUUGUGAAUAAGGGCUGCCGCUAAACUCGACCACCGUAUGCAAAAGACUGAAUUAGGCCUUAGUGUAAUAAGUAGUUACAUCUGUCUCAACUAAGUGCAUUUGAUGUAUCUCAUCCAAAAUGCACUUGUGUUCUAUGAAUUACAAUGUAAUUUAAAUCAUGCCCCUAGUUUUUAUUCAAGUGUUGUGCACAACUUCUGAAGCAGUUUUUUUUCCUCAUUAUCAUCAUCUGGAAGAGUUCGAGUAGUUCAACUGUGUCACCAGAUUGAGUGUUUAUUGUUGGUUUGAAAAAGGUUGGCACAAUUAAUUUUAUCAUUCAUAGGUUAC